GGGGGAGUAUGUGCUUGGGUUGUCUGGGCAAAGAUGGCGGAGCGCGGAUACAGUUUUUCGCUGACUACAUUCAGCCCCUCUGGUAAACUUGUCCAGAUUGAAUAUGCCUUGGCUGCUGUGGCUGGAGGAGCCCCUUCAGUGGGAAUUAAAGCUGCCAAUGGAGUGGUGUUAGCAACAGAGAAGAAACAGAAAUCCAUUCUGUAUGAUGAGCGCAGUGUGCACAAGGUGGAGCCCAUUACCAAGCACAUUGGCUUGGUGUACAGCGGCAUGGGCCCCGACUACAGAGUGCUUGUGCACAGAGCUCGGAAACUCGCCCAGCAGUACUAUCUGGUUUACCAGGAACCCAUCCCCACAGCUCAGCUGGUGCAGAGAGUGGCGUCGGUGAUGCAGGAGUACACGCAGUCAGGCGGUGUUCGUCCUUUUGGAGUUUCUUUACUUAUUUGUGGUUGGAACGAGGGACGACCAUAUUUAUUUCAGUCAGAUCCAUCUGGAGCUUAUUUUGCCUGGAAAGCCACAGCAAUGGGAAAGAACUACGUGAAUGGGAAAACUUUCCUUGAGAAGAGAUACAACGAAGAUCUGGAACUUGAAGAUGCUAUUCAUACAGCCAUCUUAACCCUGAAGGAAAGCUUUGAAGGGCAAAUGACAGAAGACAACAUAGAAGUUGGCAUCUGUAAUGAAGCUGGAUUCAGGAGGCUUACCCCAACCGAGGUUAAGGACUACCUGGCUGCCAUAGCAUAGCAGUGCAGUGACUGAACAAUCGACAGUUUCACCUAAUGGAUGUACUUAAACAUGUUUAAAGUAUGUUUUGUUUUGCAGACUUUUUGCAUACUUAUUUCUACAUGGUUUAAUGGACUGAUGUUUUUAAAAUGACUAUAAAUGAUAAUAAACUGUUAAAUCCAA